AUGUAUCGACUACGUUCGCCGUGUUUGAGCAAUGUAGGUUUACCAUGCGGGUGGAUUUCGCAAAUCCCCCAGGGUUUAAACAAAUUUCCUUUGAGACAUAAUUGGGGAAACCGGUUGUCUCACUCGACAAAUUUUGCAGCAUCACCACCAACCAAGAAGGGUCUGCUGCCGUCCAAAAAUGUUCGACUCACCCAGAACAAACCGUUUAAACCCAAAGACUCAACCGCAAAUGCAGGCGGUCCAAGUCAAGAUAAAAAUUUUGCUUCGCAACGGCGAGCGCACAAAAUUAUAGACAACUUGGCCCACUUGUCGAAAAGAACAACUAGAUCAUCUUCAAAAUAUAUCGAGCCCAAGAGCAAAGAGACUAAAAAUAGAAGCGGAGCCAGUUCCAACCGCAACCGCAAGAUCAAACGCAACCGCAAACUAGCGAGAGCCCAGAAGUUUCAAGUUCGUGGAAAGUCUGUACCUGUACCGGGUCUGCUGCGCCAUGGACGUGACAAGGAGGAUAUAGCAAGCCAUUAUAUCGACACCAGGCACGUCACGCCCGAGGGCAGCUUCAGACAUCCCGUUAAGCAAUGCAUCGCACCGCCGAAAGGUUCAGUUCCACCCUUGGCACACAAUUUGGACCGGGUGCUAUUCUCUCCAGGUGUUCAUUUUCUUCAAGAUCCACGCACUCGAGUUUACAAUUUUUCGCCCUUUUUGAAAAAUGUCAUCAAGUAUGACGAUUUCGAUUUCGACAAGAUUGCCCAGUUCACGCCGGCUUCGAAAGAUAGCGAGAUGUUGAAGCAGGCGCAGAGACACCAGAAGCAGUUUUAUUCGAGCACCUCGUCGAUGACGUCGAUGUUGAGCAAAUUCUACAUGCUCUUGAACAACUAUAGUAAAUUCAAUGUCGAUCGGUUUGGCAAGAUCCCCUUCAGCGGGUUGGGGCUAAAGUUGCCCGCUAGUUUAUUUGUUGAGCCCCAGGGGGAAUUCAUCAUGAAGAAAUCGGGCGCAGGAGAACAACACGAAAAGAAGGGGGAAAAGGACAAAAAAAAAGAAAAGGUAGAGACAAAAACGGUUUAUUCUUUGCUGGCGGACAAAUCAUGCGACUCCGAGAUUCUACUAAGUGCCAUGGGACACUGUUUAGAAACCCUUUUAACCAAUCCUGAAAAGGAAUUCGUCAAGUAUCUCAAACAAAGCGACGCGGAAACGCCUCCGCCGGUUAAUGCCUAUAACUAUUCCUCAUUUGGCAGCUUCUUGAUGCGGUCCCAAUUGGACUGUUUCGAUGAAAGGUUACCUGGUAAUGGGACAUUUGACUUGAAAACGCGAGCCUCGGUGAAUAUCAGACACAAUUCAAAAGACCCCAAUCAGGGCGAAACCGACUACCAGAUUUUCAGACUUAAAGGUCCAUUUGAAAGCUACGAGCGCGAAUUUGUUGACUUGAUCCGCACGGGUGCCAUGAUGAAGUACAUGUUUCAAGCGAGAAUCGGCCAAAUGGACGGGAUAUUCAUAGCCUACCACAACGUCAACCAAAUCUUUGGCUUUGAGUACUUGCCACUUGAAGAAAUUGACAAAUUGUACUACCUGGACAAAUCAGUCUCUGAACUAACAAGCACCGAUCCACAACACAUUGCAAAUUUCGUCGACAGGGACAAGAUGCCCUCGGUGAUUGCCGACAGCCAGUUUAAAUUCUCGAUUGAAAUCUGGGAGACGUUGCUCAAGAAGCAUAUUCUCAAGGAUCUAAACGACGACCAAACUCCCUUUCGACUCGUGGCUCAAACACGCAAGCACGGUGCUCGAAAAUGCACCGUGCUCGACAUUUACGUGGUGUCCAUGUCAAAAGCCGAUGUCAAGGAAAUCCAACUGAUUUCAGAUCGGUUCCCCACUAGUUUCAGAGACACACUCUCCGAGACGCAACGAGUUGAAAACUUCAAGAACCACGUGGAAGAAGUCGAACGUCUCAAUAAGAGUACCUUGAGCCAUUCUUCAAAGCUCUUAUCUUACACCAUCACCAUGGGGGAAAAUAUAUUUGGAGACAAGUGCGAAUCGUACGACCAUUUGCCGCAAAGUCGGCCCAAGUCAUGGAAGCUUCUGUACCACAUUAUCAAGAACACCAACCCUUCAACGGUGAAAUUCAUGAGUGUGUUGAAUGAGCCGCUCGAACGGUUGAAGCAGGACUUGGUCGAGCAGGUGAACCCCAUGCGCGAGCGGAGAAGAAACAUCAAGGCUGUUCUUGAAUCGUAUGAGCAGUUGGGGUCGUUGCGGAAGAAGGUGUGGGCGCCAAGGGACAAGGCUCGACAAGUGUACAGACCGAAAUAUCCCCUUUGA